AUGAAAGGACAAAUAGUAUCAUAUUUCAUUGUGGACCAUGCCGUGGUCGAAAGCCAUCAACAAUAUGUUGAAAUAAAACCAUGGAGACUGUUCUUCGAUGCAUCAACUCACAAAGAGGGAAGUGGAGUUAGAAUCCUCAUCAUUUCUCCUGAAGGAAUUCCAACAAAACUCAAGUUUAAAAUCGAAGGCCCCCUAUGUUCUAAUAACGAAAUAGAGUAUGAAGCAUUGCUUGGAGGACUUGAAGCUUUGUUGGAAUUGGGGGCAACCAGAGUCGAAAUCAAAGGAGACUCCGAGUUAGUGAUAAAGCAACUGACAAAAGAAUACAAAUGUAUAAAGGAAAAUCUGAUUAUGUAUUUCGUCAUGACAAAUAGGCUGCUCAAAAAAUUCGAAUAUGUGGAUUUAAAGCACGUCCCCAGGAUAAAAAAUCAAGAAACAAAUAAUUUGGCACAAUUAGCUUCAGGAUACAAAGUGUCGAAGGAAAGGUUGGAAGAAUUGAUUCAAGUUAGAGGAAAAGCAAUGGCCACCAGAUUAUCUCCGACUAAUUUAGAAAACACACAAUUAGGCUUCGCCAACCAAGAGGAAUUUGAAGUGUUGAAUAAAGAUGCUCUAACAGAUACAUAUUGGAGAAGUCCAGUUGUUAAUUACCUUAAAGAACCUUCGAUAGAUACAAAAAAAAAGAUUAAGUACAGAGCUUUGUCUUAUUUCUUGAUGGGGAACGAAUUAUUCAAGAAAACUCCUGAAGGAAUUUUGUUGAAAUGUAUAGGCGAAACUGAAGCUUAUUUAGCAUUAUCUAGUGUACAUAGUGGAACCUGUGGAGCCCAUCAAUUUGGGAACAAAGUGAAAUGGUUGUUAUUUCGUUACGGGAUGUAUUGGCCCAUUAUGUUAAAAGACUGCAUAGACUUCGCCAAAGGUUGCCAAGAAUGUCAGAUGCACGCAAGUAUCCAACAUUCUCCUACAAACAAGUUGAGUUCGAUCAUCAAGCCACGACCUUUCAGAGGAUGGGCAUUGGACUUAAUUGGAGAAAUUCAACCUACUUCAUCCAAGGGCCAAAGAUAUACUUUGGUGGGAAUAGAUUAUUUUACAAAGUGGGUUGAAGCAGUACCAUUAGUAAAUGUAGACCAGGAAGUUGUGAUUGAAUUCAUCCAAAAACAAAUACUCUACAUAUUUGGAAUCCCAGAGAGCAUAACAAUAGAUCAAGGUUCAGUGUUUACUGGUCGAAAGAUGCAGGAACUUGCAAAAGAAAUGGGUGUUACCAGUCGGAAUCUAUUUGCAGUCAGCCAAAUUCAAAAACAAGAAGAGAAUCCUCCAAAUGUGUAUUGGGAAAUAAUGAUGAACGAAUUGGUGGAUCUAGACGAAGAAAGGUUGCGUGCUUUAGAGAUGAUAAAGAGACAAAAGGAAAGGGUGGCCAGAGCAUAUAUCAAAAAGAUCAAAAGAGUCAAGCCUUAG